CGACUGCGCUGCGCGCUCCCGGAGGGGUGCGCCUGCGCACUGUGAGGGUCUCCAUGGCGGGGCCUCGGAGCCAAGACGAGAAAAAAAUGUUGCGGUGAAGAUAUAAUUACAAGCUUUCACUUAAAUGAAGCCACAACCAUCAUGAUUUAGGGCCCCCACGAGGAAGAACUUAAGUGGAAAGGAGAGUGCUUUUCUGGGCAAAGAAGAAUGCUUGAGGCCUGAAUUUAAAAUUGAGCAACUACGUGAAGCUAUUAAAUAAUAGAAGAAAAUGGAAUUGAAUAUGGUAUCAGUAUGGAACAGUCUAUUGAUUCAUUAAGAGUCGACCAUAAUGAUUCCGAAGAGACAAAAACAGAUUCUCAGCGUCUAACCUGUAUGGACUCCAGGGAUCCUUCUUUUGAACAAAAUGGUUCUCCUAAAGUUUUACCUGUUACUACUCCUGAAGCAGAAAAUUCACUCAUAUCACAGAAUAUACCAGAGCCUCUGACGCAGACACAGACUGUUUCUGCAGAGCAGUUCCACUUAGUGGACCAAAAUGGGCAACCUAUUCAAUAUGAGCUUCAGGCAUUGGGUGAUUCUAAUGCACAAAUGAUGAUUGUUGCCAGCCCAUCAGAAAAUGGACAGGUUCUACGUGUAAUUCCAUCUACCCAGUCAGGAAUGACACAAGUGAUUAUACCUCAGGAGCCCCUUGUGGAUGUGAACAGUCCUCGGGAUGUUUCCGAAGAGAAACCCAGUGACAGAAACUUACCAACUCUAAGAGUGGAUGCCCUAGGAGACAAUAACAGAAGUUACAUUCUUCAUCCACAAGCAUCUCUCACAUUACCCAAAAAGACAGUGACCAGAAGCCUUGAAGAACCCUUAUUGGCUCCACUUCAGCCACUUUCUUCUAACACACCUAUAUGGGCCUGUCGUCUUAGAAGCUGCGAGAAAAUUGGAGAUUCAUACCGUGGCUACUGUGUAAGUGAGACUGAAUUAGAAAGUGUCCUAACAUUUCACAAACAGCAAACACAGAGUGUUUGGGGGACCCGUCAGUCUCCAAGCCCAGCCAAGCCAGCUACACGCUUGAUGUGGAAAUCUCAGUAUGUCCCAUAUGAUGGAAUCCCAUUUGUCAAUGCAGGGAGUAGAGCUGUGGUAAUGGAGUGUCAGUAUGGGCCAAGAAGAAAAGGUUUCCAGUUAAAAAAAAUCAGUGAGCAGGAAAGCAGGUCCUGUCAGCUCUACAAAGCCACUUGUCCAGCCCGGAUUUAUAUUAAAAAGGUACAGAAGUUUCCUGAGUAUAGAGUUCCUACAGACCCCAAAAUUGACAGGAAAAUCAUCCGAAUGGAGCAGGAGAAAGCCUUUAACAUGCUGAAGAAGAACUUGAUGGAUGCUGGUGGUGUUCUUAGGUGGUAUGUACAGCUACCUACGCAACAGGCUCAUCAGUAUCAUGAAUUAGAGACUCCCUGCCUCCCUUUAUCACCUUCCCCUUUUCCUAUGUCUUCUCUUGAAGAAGAGGAUACUGCAAUUAGAGAUGAGAAUUGUGCAUUACCCUCACGUCUACAUCCUCAGGUAGCACAUAAAAUUCAAGAACUAGUAUCACAAGGAGUAGAACAAGUGUAUGCAGUAAGGAAGCAGCUAAGAAAAUUUGUGGAAAGAGAACUAUUCAAACCUGAUGAGGUACCUGAAAGACAUAAUUUAUCCUUUUUUCCAACUGUAAAUGAUAUAAAAAAUCACAUCCAUGAGGUACAGAAAUCCUUGAGAAAUGGAGAUAAUGUAUAUAACUCAGAGAUUAUUCCAGCAACGCUUCAAUGGACUACAGAUAGUGGGAAUAUUCUCAGAGAGACUGUGACAGUUACAUUUGCAGAAGGAAAUUCACCAGGGGAAUCAAUUUCCACCAAAUUGGGAACAAAUCAGACAAGAGGUUCUUUGUCUCCAGAGCCAGCUCACUUGCUCUCCUCACUUUCUUCAUUUCAGCCAAAAAUAUUCACACAACUACAGGGUUUGCAGUUGCAGCCAAGAUUCAUGUCUCCUGAUGGAACACCAGCUCUGAUAUCAGUAAAUAACCACCCCACCUCCAGUCCUUCAAGACUUUUGGAUUCAGUAGGAAGUGCUAUAAUGAGUAAUAAUUCUCUACUGCUUGGUCAAAGUCAUAGCCUUCAAACAGAUACAUGCCUAACCCAAAACAAUACUGUUGCCUCUACCAUGGGUAGCCUUCCAGAACCAGAUCAAAAUCUGGUUGCAAUGGAUCAGCUGGUGGAAGUUGCAGAUGUUGAGGACACAGAGAAUCUGGAAGGAAAUGUUCAUCAGAUUCUGUUGGGAAACAUGCAGGCCAUUCCAGUACAAAUUGUAGACAGCCACCCAGCUCUUAUUGAAGAAAAUCCGGAAGGUACCGUUUCUUUGAACCAAGUUAAGCAAGAACCCAAAGAACCAGCAUUGUCUGUGGAAGCAAAAAAAAAUUUGGACUGUAAGAAAUUAUCUGCUACAUAAAGUAUUGAAGCUUUUCAGAAUUUACAACUCUGGUGACCUCUGAUGUCAGAGAAAAGAAGGUAGGAACUGGAACUAUCAAUAUUUUCAUGUAAGUAUUUCAAUGAGUAGUUCUUUAAAAGUGGUUUCUAAAUUAGUUUUUAAAUUUGUCCUCUAAAUGCAUGUUCAGUCACAGUAUAUCAGUAUUGUAUUUUAAAGGUGCUUAGCAUUGCUUUUUUAAAGGUAUGUUUACAUAUUUUAAAUAUUCAAUUAUUUUUUUAAAUGCACAGGGUAUUAAAUACAGUGCAUAGAAUUUUCAGUAUCUAUAUUUGGCAUUCUCCUAACAGCUCUGCAGCAAAGUUUGACAUGCUUUUUUGUGUCAUGUAUUGCAAGGUGUAAUAUCAUAGUAGAAAGGUGGACAUUCAGAAUAAGCAGUUAGAAUUCCUAAUUACAGCUGAGCUUGUUUCUUCAUUGUAGUUUUCGUGUUCCAAGGCUCCAAGUGAACAUUAUAUACACUACAGUGAGUUAUAGAUAUACACAGCCAUGGUGGGUCUUUCCCUCAAUGUUAAUUUUCUGGGUAGGCAGCAUACUUAAAAGAACUUAAACUUUUUUGUCUUACCCAAAGUAAAUGUUUUCUAAAAGUCACAGAAGUGAUAGAAAAUAAACUUGGUGAUACGGUCCUGCAUUAGAGUUUCUAAUUUUGAGGCCUACCAACUUGCGUUUCAUCUUUAUAUCCUGUCAAAAUAUAUACGUAAUACGUAAUCAUGUGAAUAUGAGAAAGAUGCAGUUUAAUUUUAUACUAUGUUUUUUAAAAAGUUUAAAAA